UUAGACAAAAUCCAAACAAGAAAAACAAAACAAAGCAACAGAAACACAACACAAAACACAGAAACACACAAGUGGGGGAUUUGGCAAACAAAGGAGGAGACCAGGGAGAGCCCACGAAGUGCAGUCGUGGGAGACUGAAUUACAGCUCCAACGGACUGCUGCUGUGAUUCUCUCUUUCCUUCUCUCUCUAAGCUUCUCUCUCUCUGUCUCUCCAGAUCCAGAUGAUACGGGAGAGAUUGAGGAAAUUGCAGCUGAUAGCUUGAUCCUUGGUUGCUUUUAGGUUUGUUUUGUAACAACUGUCCAAAUACGCUGUAUGCCACAGUAUGGGAGUAAAAUGGCCUUUUUUGACUUGCAAAUUUAGCAUUUCUACCUUAUUAAAAAGGGGUUUUGCUAAAAGGUAGUUGAUAAUCCCAGCCCGGAGAACCAUAAAACAGAUAUCCAGGUCAGAAUUUUCUGAUUAUUUGGGGAGUCACAAUUUCGUAUGGCUGUUGCCAAAAGCAACAGCAAUAGCAAGUCAUCAUUUUUGCUUUGCAAUUGUUACAAAGUUGCAAACUUGGGUGAGACCAUUUUGGAUCCAAAUCAGACAUCAAAUUUGAAAGAUCGGUAUGUUCUGGGAGAGCAGUUGGGCUGGGGACAGUUUGGCAUUAUCAGGGCAUGCUCUGAUAAGUUGACUGGAGAAGUAUUGGCAUGCAAAUCAAUUGCCAAGGAUAAAUUGGUCACCCAGGAUGAUGUGCGGAGUAUCAAGCUUGAGAUUGAGAUAAUGACAAGGUUGUCUGGGCACCCAAAUGUUGUAGAUCUCAAGGCAGUUUAUGAGGAGGAAGAUUAUGUUCAUUUGGUGAUGGAGCUUUGUGCUGGGGGAGAGCUUUUUCAUCAGUUGGAGAAGCUCGGGAGAUUAUCUGAGGCUGGGGCUAGAAUACUAUUCAGGCAACUGAUGCAAGUGGUGAUGUAUUGUCAUGACAAGGGUGUCGUUCAUAGGGAUUUGAAGCCGGAGAACAUCCUGUUAGCCACAAAAACCUCCUCUUCACCAAUUAAAUUGGCUGAUUUCGGUCUUGCAACCUACAUCAAGCCAGGGAUGAAGUUGAAUGGGACUGUUGGUAGUCCAUUUUAUAUAGCUCCUGAGGUGCUGGCAGGAGGCUACAACCAGGCGGCUGACAUCUGGAGUGCAGGUGUUAUCCUUUACAUUCUUCUUAGUGGGAGGCCACCAUUUUGGGGGAAGACUAAGUCGCGAAUAUUUCAUGCUGUUAGAGUAGCUGAUUUGCGGUUUCCUUCUGAUCCCUGGGAUGAUAUAUCUGACUCUGCAAAGGAAUUGGUUAGGAGAAUGCUCUGUAAAGACCCUUCUCAAAGGCUAACAACUCUGCAAAUUCUAGGUCACACUUGGAUGAGGGACCCUGCACCACUUCUUGAAGAACCAUAUGUAUGGGAAAAGCAAAGUUGUGGAGAAUCGGAUUUGGGUAGAGGGUCUUUCUCUGCAAACUUUAUGCCUAGAAAUGAGGACAUCAGUUUUGGCAUCGGCUCCCCUAUUAUUUGUGAUGCCUCACCACCUGAAGUUACAUGCAGAUCAUUGUUUUCUUCUUUUUUGAGGGACCCAUCAACACAUUGCUUUGAAACUGGCGGCUUUUCUUUCCACAGCAGUUGUGGAUCAGACACCCUGGAAUUCUCUACCCCUCUCCUUUCAAUGACAAGCUUUGCAUUCUUCAGCCCAGGUACCGCACAAGACCAAGGAAAUUGUGCGUUGGAUUUCUCGGCCAACAUUUCCACAGAAGAUUCUGUCCAUAAAGAGGAAAGCUUGGGCAAACUGUUUAUGGUACCGGACUCUUCUCUGUGCUUUGGGUAUGAGACAAGAGAGAUGGACAAUAAGGCAGCUGAAAUGAAAAGGACAGGAGGAACCAAUUGGUCUAGAAUGUCAAACAUCCGCAGCAAGAGGAACCGUACAAUUGGGCAUGGUGAAUUUGAGCAGCUCGAUCUUGUGGUUACUGAGUCAGUAAUUCGGUGGGCAUCAUGCACACGUCUCCCUACUGCCACCUCCCUUAGAUCUUCUCUUGUCUGUUGAAAGUGUGGAUCGGGUGGCAAAAUUGGAUCAACCUGCAGGAUCUAAUGAAGAAUGAAGAUGAAGAUACUUGACCUAAUGUGCCUACUUGCAAUUUUUGUGCUAAUGUAAUGUAGUAGGUUUGUAGUUGAACUCCAGUGAUGAACCCUAAUACUUGCUUCCAGUUUGAUGUUUGCUCUGUAAAGGUUUGUACCAUGAGUAAUAUUUUUCGAAUUUCUCAGGUCA